CUCCGGAGCGGCGGCAGCGGAGCUGCAGCGGCGGCGGCCCCGGAGCCCCGCGGGAGCGGCCCCGGAGCCCGCCUGGAGCGGCCCCGCCGCGCCCGAGGCAGCGGCCCCGCAGGCACCGAGCAUCGCGCCCGGGGGCACCGGCCGGACCCGAAGAUGAAAUCCUCCGACGUGGAGCAGGAGCUGUUCACUGAGAGUUACUGCAAGGUGUGCAGUGCCCAGCUCAUCUCCGAGUCCCAGCGCGUGGCCCAUUACGAGAGUCGGAAGCAUGCCAGCAAAGUCCGCCUCUAUUACAUGCUGCACCCCGUGGACGGAGGCUGCCCGGCCAAAAAGCUCCGGUCAGAAAACGGCAGUGAUGGUGACUCAGUGGAUAAGAACAAAUGCUGCACACUAUGUAACAUGUCCUUUACCUCAGCAGUGGUGGCCGAAUCGCAUUACCAGGGGAAAAUCCACGCCAAGAGGUUAAAAUUGUUGCUGGGGGAACAACCAGCACUGAAGGCCACAGAGGCCGCGCUGGGCUCGCUGAAGGCGCCGCACACGGACAGUCCCCCUGUGCCGUCCCCGCCGCAGCGCCGCGACUCGGACCGGUACUGCCAGCUCUGCACUGCCUGGUUCAACAACCCCCUCAUGGCACAGCAGCACUACGACGGCAAAAAGCACAAGAAGAACGCGGCCAGGGCCGACCUCCUGGAGCAGCUGGGCAAGACCCUGGACCUGGGGGAGCUGAGAGGCCUGAAGCGCAGCUACACCUGCAACAUCUGCAGCGUCACCCUGAACUCCAUAGAGCAGUACCACGCGCACCUGAAGGGCUCCAAACACCAGACCAACCUGAAGAACCAGUAGUGGCUCAUCAGUGGGGACAAGGACAAGCACCGAUGCUGCUGCUGCAGAGAGGAGGCUCAGCAGGAGAGGAGCCUUUCUUGGACAAUGAUUCCGUGUGGAUUCAAUAAUUAACAUGUAACUAACCUUCGCUUUGGACAGAUACAUGGAUUUUUUUUUUAAUUUUGUGGUGAGUUAAAAUAUUUCGAUGGAUUUUUUUACCCUUUCAGGACAAUAUUUAUUCAGCACAGAGUCUAGAGUAUGAUAACUAUCCUGUAAAUACAGCACUUACUCAUCAGUCAUCUUCAGAGACAGUGGAAACAAACUAUUUUACUUUUUCAUAUUUAUUCUUAGAUUCCUCCCAAGAGUAAAAGAUUAUUCUAUUACAUUAUCCAUGAUAGUGAUGUAAUCAGUCUUCAAUCAGAAAUAAACACACUUUCUUCACCUUC